AUGGAAAACUGCUCGCUGCUGAUGAGCAGGCUAAGGAGGGCAGUUAAGAAGCUAACGUUUCUGCUGAGCUUUAGUGUCAACCGGUGGAAUCUGGCUUCUGUUCUCGGCGGCGUUUCGACUUACGGCGGCAGGCGCAGGUUGAGCUUCCGCGACCGGCCGGGCCUCAGGGCCUGCACCUACGGAGACGAAGCGGAAACGGGUUCAGAUUCGGGUUCGGGUUCGGAUUCGGAUUCGUAUUCUGGGAGACUGGAACGAACCAGAAGCUCUCCCAUGGAAGAAGACAUAGAUAAGAGAGCAGAGAUGUUCAUAGCUAACUUCUAUCGCCAGCUUCAGAUUGAAAAACAAGUCUCCUUGGAACUCCAUUACUGUCGAGGAAAUAGCUUCAGUUCAGUUUCGCCAUGA